CAUCAGUUUGCAAAAAUAAAUGAAAUUUUACAAGACAUAAUGCGAAUGGAAUCAUUACAGAUUCAAGAAUAUUAUCAUUCAUAUCAACCUACAGAUGAUCCUAGAACAAAAAUGAGGAUGAAUCAAGAAAUUAUCGAUGAAUAA